AUGGAAUAUGUCACCUAUGGAGAUUUCCACCAACUCCUGCGGAGGAAGGGGCGUCUUGACAUCCCCAGUGCAAGAUUCUACGCCGCAGAACUUGUGUGUGGAAUUCAACAUCUGCAUUCUAAGGGCAUCAUCCACCGAGAUCUCAAGCCUUCCAACAUCCUGGUGACUGAAACGGGCCAUAUUAAGAUUGCCGACUUCGGUCUGGCACUUGAGAACAUCUAUGGAGACCGAACAGCCACAGAAUACACUGGAACACCGGGCUUCAUUGCUCCUGAGAUCCUGGCUGCGGAGGAGUACAAUGCUGGAGUAGACUGGUAUGCAUUUGGCAUCAUCUUGAACAUCAUGAUUACCAACAGCCACAAAUACCAGCGAGGACUAUUCACUUCCUCCAGCAAAGAGGCGAAGAACAUCAUUAAAAAGCUCCUCCGGGAAGAUCCUACCAGGCGUCUCGGAGUCAAUGGCAACAUCAGAGCCCACAGGUUUUUCCAGUGUAUUGACUGGGACUCGGUGGAAGCCCUUAGGAUGCGUCCACCACACAUUUCUAAACCACCAAACAACAUCCAGCGUGGCUCAAGACCAUUCAAUCUCCAAAUACUGGAAGCAGCAGAGUCUAGCAACUCAGCCUUUUCACUGGAAAACCCCGGAACAUCCACCAGCUCUUUAAUACCAUCAGAGCAAGCUGUCUUCCUAAGCCCCAAGGAGAGCUUCAGAAAGGAGAAGAUCAAGAUGGACAAGCAGGACCUGGACAAGCAGGCAAGAAACAUCAUCAUGGCAAGACUAAAGUCAGGAUCAGGACCUCAGAGGAACACCAGAGAUAUUCCUGUUCAAGAGGAUGGCCACAGAGAUGGAUGA